ACUAAACAACGUUAUAGAUAGCAUUGCAUCAACACCUGAUUAAUUUAUUCUGUGAUCUGAUGUUCGUAUUCGAUAUUUCCAUCAUUCUAAACUCUGGUCUGUGAAAAAUAAAAUCUUUCGAGUUUGUAAUUUUUAUUUGAUUGUGCGACAAAUAUUUCGAAUUAAAAACUAAAUAGCUGUCAAAUAUGGCACUAUCAAGUUAUAAACUGUUGCAAGACCUCAAAAAUUCGACAAACUACCAGUGUCUAACUACCGGUAACGACAUGGAAUGGGGAUGGGAUACCUUGGAAUCAACUACUGAUGUGAAUAUAUCAGACGACAACUUAGAGGUAGUAAUUCAUCCAAACUCUAGCCGUGGUACUGGAGCUGUUCGUGGUGAUAUGCCGUUUUUGCCCGGUCAUAUCUACUAUUGGGAGAUCAAAGUGGAUGGCUCGCCUAUGGCCACCGACAUGAUAGUUGGUGUUGGCACAAAAGAUUUCGACUUGGAAAGCUCUAAAAACGAAUAUACCAGUCUAAUAGGAUCAGAUAAAAAAUCAUGGGGAUAUUCAUAUAAAGGUGUUAAACAUCACAAUGGAGAAAGUUUAAUCUAUGGUCAGAGAUACGAUCAGGGUGAUGCAUUGAUUGGAGUUCGAUUGGACAUGUGCAGAGGGACAUUGGAAUUUUUCCUUAAUAGAAUUCCAUUAGGUGUGGCGUUUGAAAAAUUGGAUAGUAAACAUCUUCUUUAUCCCAUGGUGUGCUCCACUGCAUGCCGAACUUAUUUCACAAUAAAAUACUGUCGUUCAUUGCCAGUAAAUCUGCAACUUUAUUGUUUGCAAGCUUUUGACUCUAGUAAGAAUCCAUUAAUACCAUUUGGUAUUUUGAAAAUGGUAAUGGACUCUUGGUGGAUUCCUAAAUCCUCUUCGUCAUAACUUAACUUAAGGUUUUGUGAUUAUAGUUUUAAGAUUGUUUUAAUGUUAUUUAUUACAUAAAAAUUUAGUGAAAUAUUCUCAUUUAGAUAUAAAUGCUGUAGUGUAUUAUUCUAUGCUAAUUUGUGAUUUAUUAACAACUAUUAAUUAAUUAAAAAAUAGCAUGAUGAACCUGGUUCAGAUGUAGUGAUAAUUUUUAUGUUUUGUGAUAAAUUUAUUAUUAACAAUAAUUGUUUCAAUUUAGUUUGAUUUUAAGUUACCUUUAAUGAGGUAUGUUCAAGAUUAUAUUUAAAGUGCAUUAUA